AUGCGUGCCAUUCCCGACGGCACGUGGGCCAGCCAGGUGAACACCGAUGUUGAGAGUGGCAAGUACUUUAUGGAUGAGGUCGAACACAAGGCGGUUGAGAAGCGGUAG